CGGGGUCCGGUGUGCUUAUCGUUUCGGCUUCCAGUGCCAGUUUCACCUCGAGUGGCCUUCUGCCCGAUCUCGGGAUUUAAAAGCCAGCUGCCCGCCAGCUGGCGGCUUGCCCGCCUUUUUUCUUUUUCUCUUUCAUCCCUACCUUCCUCCUUUUCUUUUGCAGUUGGACACGUUUCUUCGUGGCUGUCUUUUCAAACCCAACUGCUCACCAUGUCCCACCACUAUGGGGAUAAGCCUGCGACGGAGGUGCCCGUCCAGGUCUACACCUCCGAAGAGGAUGAGCCUCCGCGGAUGGGACUGGGCAAAUACCUGCUCACCCGAAUCCCAACCUUGGUGCCUCCUAUGAACCCGGCGCCCAACCCCUUUACCGCACUCUCACUCUUGAGUCGAAAGCAAUGGCUCUUUUUUGGGGUCGCGUUCUUCGGCUGGACCUGGGAUGCCUUUGAUUUCUUUACUGUUUCCUUGACCACCACGCAGCUCGCGAAGACCUUUGACAAGACGGUGACCGACAUUACCUGGGGCAUUACCCUCGUGCUGAUGCUCCGAUCGGUAGGGGCCAUCGCGUUUGGAAUUGCGGCCGACCGCUGGGGUCGCAAGUGGCCCUUUAUCGUGAAUAACCUCUUGUUCAUUGUGUUGGAGCUGGGCACUGGGUUCUGUCAGACAUACCGGCAGUUCCUGGGCUGUCGCGCGCUCUUCGGAAUCGCCAUGGGCGGGCUGUACGGCAACGCCGCCGCUACCGCGCUUGAGGACUGUCCGAUGGAGGCGCGCGGUAUUGUGUCCGGCCUGCUCCAACAGGGGUAUGCGUUUGGAUACUUGCUGGCUACGGCGUUUGCGCGCGGAUUGGUCGAUACCACACCUCACGGAUGGAGACCACUGUACUGGUUCGGAGCAUGCCCUCCGGUGUUGAUCAUCAUCUACCGACUGUGCUUGCCUGAGACAGAUACCUUCCUUCAGCGCCAGGCAACCCGGGAGGAUGUUCGGGGCGGAGUGACUGCGACGUUCAUGUCGGAAGGCAAAACCGCGGUCAAGAGACACUGGGUGCUCCUGGUGUACCUUGUUUUGCUCAUGGCUGGGUUCAACUUUAUGUCACACGGCUCCCAAGAUCUGUACCCGACCAUGUUGGAGAACCAAUUCAAAUUUUCGGCCAACGCUGUGACGGUCACGCAGGUCGUGGCCAACCUGGGCGCCCUCAGCGGUGGCACACUGUGCGGCUGGGCGAGUCAGAUCUUUGGUCGGCGGUUCUCCAUCAUUGCGAUCAGCAUUAUCGGGGGAGCCCUGCUAUACCCGUACACGUUUGUGACGUCGACCAACGUGAUGGCGGCGGCGUUCUUUGAGCAGUUCUGCGUGCAGGGGGCGUGGGGAGUAAUCCCGAUCCACCUGAUGGAGCUGUCGCCGGGAGCCAUCCGGACGUUUGCGGUGGGCACGGCGUAUCAGCUAGGCAACCUCGUAUCGUCGGCCAGUUCGACGAUCGAGUCGACGAUCGGGGAGCGGUUCCCGCUGCCGCCGACGGAGGAAGGCACGAAGCGGUACCAGUACGGCAAGGUGAUCUGCAUCUUCAUGGGAUGUGUAUAUGCCUACACGAUCUUGGUGACGUUGCUGGGGCCGGAGCGCCUGGGACGGCAGUUCGACGUGGCGCACGAUGCAGACAUGGCGGCCGUGACCGCGCACCGGGGAACGGUGGUUGAUGGGGCGGAGAGCGACCCGGAGAAGGGCACGGCCCGGACAGUGGAGGGAUGAACAUAUUUCAGACAUUUACGGCAUGAUGAGUGAUGAUUGGUUAUGGCAUGUACAAUUGAUAGCAUUAACGAGGACUAUGGGGGAGGUCUGUUGGUCACGUCAACCCUAGAUGAGUGCUAGACGCUGAUGGAAAAUAAUCAAUGAUGAAUGAAGCAUACCCAGAUGAAGCUUCCAUUCUACUAUGUAGACUGUAGAGACAUCAGCGUUGCUCCACAGCACCACAGCACCACAGC